UAAAUUCAUUUCUUAGUAUCUUAAACAGUACACACUUCCUUUUCACCACGCAGACACACAAACAGAGUUCGGGAAUUCAGGCAUAUCCCUGGUCUAGAGGGGUAGAAAGCGGUCGGAUAUACGUACAUUUAUGAUGCAUUUAAAACAUAAGAAUGAAGACUUGAUUAUAUCAAGAAUGAUUUGAAUACCCCAGUAAAAGCAACCCAGUGGUGGCCAAUCUUUGCUGCGUUGAAAUGGGAUUCGUCUUUAAUGGAGUAUUAUUAUUUGUAUACUUGUCCUUUCGAGUUGUUGUCAAUGGGUUGGACUCCAGUUCCUGCAAUGCCAAUGUUUACGCUGGAAACAGUAGUGUGGCUAUUAAGCUGGCAGCUAUUUUAUGUUUUCAAUCUCCUAAAGACGGAAAAUGCAGCGGAAACUUUUCGGAAGUUACUGUGAAGCAAGCGUUUGCACUGAAGUAUGCGUUGGACUUGCUCAAUGGAAAUGGUAACGACUCGAACUCUUUCAUACCAGGAGUGCAAUUCGGUCUAGAUUUGUACGAUGACUGUUGUUCAGAAUAUCUGGCUGCUCGACACGCAGGAGACAUUGUCUCAUAUAUCAAUGGAAACGACAAGUGUGGUUUAGCAGAGGAAUCCACACCAAGCCGGCCACCCAUAGCAGGUGUGAUAGGUACCAGCAUUAGUCAAACUACAACUGUCGUGGCGGACAUCAUGGCGCCGACAAAGGUACCUUUGGUUGGAAUAUCGGCCACGCUUCCAGAAUUAAGUAAUAAAACCAAAUAUCCAGUAUUCGUCAGGACUGUACCCUCUGACCUCAAGUUGGCACAGGUCAUCAUUGAACUAGCCAAGACGUUCAACUGGUCGUACAUAAUAGGCGUCCACACCGAUGACCAUUAUGGAGUGGAAGGUAUGAAAGAAGUUCAACGACUAGCCACCGAACACAUGAUCUGUGUGUCUUCCGUAGAGAUGUUUCCCAUUGGAUCGGACUUGGAGGACAGCAAGAUGUUAGUUUUCAUCAGGAAUACAGUAUUUAGUACAAUGGAUCAAACAACGGGCUCUUUGGGCAUUGUCUAUUUCGGGAACAACCAACCGCUCCUUCAACUCCUGCAGUUUGUCAAGAAGAACAGAAGCUCCUGGGGAAAUUAUAAGUAUUUGGACAACCUUUUCUGGAUCUCCACGGACGCCCAGACCAACAUUGCAGAGUUGGCCGAGCUAAUGGACGACUACCAGUACGGCAAGAUCAUAAUGCUGGAACCCCCAGAGAUGACAAUUGGCGACUUCGAGGAGCACUACUUCAAUCUGUUCGAGGACCCUCCCAAUUGGCUCUCCGGACAGUGGAGGACGGCUGUCAAGAAUAUCAUGACCAACACGUAUAAAUGCCCAGGCUACAAUUUCACCAGAGCAAGUUUAAAAGGUUGUAAUAUUCGAAGUCUGUCUGCAUCCAACAAUUACCUGUCUGCUACGCUAGAUUCUAUCUACUUUUUAGCCAACUGGCUAAGAAACAUUCAUGCAGAAGUAUGCCAUGAUUCAACAACUGUUUGCCCAAGACUCCAAGAGAUUCUCAAGACAGGACUAACUAUCAUGCCACUUCAAAAGUUAAACUACUCAGUGAUAGAUCCAGUGUACCGACCAAAGGAAUUUACCGACCGCUAUUUAGCAGACGUAAAUAAAGACUUGGAAGUCAUUGGUCAACGCGAGUGUCUGUAUUCGAUCAAAGUCAACACUGACCAAUCGACAUUUUCUCAAAUCGGGGCCUGUAAUAAUGGUAAGCUAUCUAUACAAGACAACUUCAAGACCAUUAUGAAACCGUCUCAGUGCAAAAGUCUGUGUCAAGAGUGUGCAGCCAUCGGCAACAUCGACUACAUCUACUCCCACGGCACACCCGUUCUGGUUGGCCUUUUUUCAAUCCAUUGGCAGUCGACCCGUGACAGAUUUGGCUGUGGGAAAUACAAAAAUCAAAGUUUGAACUACCUGGAGACUGUAGCUUUCAUGAGUGCUGUGGCAUAUCUGAGAGAAACUACUGGAAUACAGUUUGGUUACCUCAUCAUGGACGAUUGUUACAAUCCAAUCAGAGUCACCAAUUUACUAUCAAAGAUUUUCAGUGGAGAAAUGAGUAUAGUGGACGGGAGCACAGGAAAGCUGUUUAGCCAAAGUGACACUGCUGUGUUUAUUGGUGCCCAAUCCAGCACCCUAACCUUGGCCAUCUUGCCCUUUCUAACAGCAUUGGGUAUUCCAGUCAUAUCUUACAGUGCCACCAAUCCAUCCCUUGUUGACUCGGUACGAUAUCCUUACUUUUCAAGAACUGUCAGCAGUGAUGUGGUGCAAGCCAAAGCGAUCUUCGAAGUUCUGAAGGCCAUUAAGGUUACCCGUGUUGGUGCAAUUGUCUACAAGAGCGUCUAUGGCAUAGACUUGUACAAGCAGCUGCGUUCAUUGACUGACGCUGGAGGCAUUUGUAUGGAUGUCGCCUUUGAAAUUGAUGAAAACACUCCUGCCAAUGAAUUGGCUGCCAGGAUGAACAAGUACCGCAAUAAUUUUCUGAAUGUCAUUGUUGUGUUGGCUGUGAAUCAAAUCAUAACAAACAUGCUGAAUGCUGUCCAGUACCAGGACACGUUUACCUUUAUUGGAAGUGAGGCCUGGGGCGUGGACUACGACCUCUUGGACAACAGGGGUGAAAAGGCCAGGGGCUCAAUUGUGUUGGGUCUGCCUCUGGAGUACAAUGCCAGCAAUGUCCUACAGAAGAGUCUUGUUCAGAUGGACCCCUAUGCCAAUUUGACAAAUGAUUGGAUGAGAAAUUUUUGGCAGCAAUACUUUCAAUGUAAUUUGCCAGGAAGUUUCAGUAAUAUUUAUGGCAAGGCAUGUCCACAACGAACAAGUCUUGGCGAACAGAAUUCAACCAUUUUUGCGUCUCCAGUGAUUAUCCACGCAACUUUGGCCACACUGAGUGCUGGACUGGCCCUAAAAGCCAUGAAAGAUGACCUUAAAGGAAUGCCAUACGACCCCGUAGAACUGACGAAUAAAAUCAGGACUGUCAAGUUCAAGGACAUCCAUAACAAUGAGUUUUAUCCCUUUUCAAAGGACGGCGAUGGCUCCAGCGGUUUUUAUAUCUAUAACAUCCAGCAACAGGGGGACAACACUUAUGGUUACGUAAAGGUUGGUAACUACAGUAGUCAGGGUCAAUUGACUUUCUCGUCAUCACUUCUUAAAUUUUAUGAUGACUCGGGGACUGUGUUGUCCAGUCUGACUUCUAGUUGCGUUGGUCUUUCAGAAUGUGCGUCUAUACCACAAUGUAUUGAUGACGACGAUACCCCAUCAUCAUUGGUCACUACACAGAAAACAGUUUCCGGUGGUUCCAGUGACACCUCAGCGCAGGUCAUCGCCCUAGCAGUGGUGGUUGGUGUAUUGGCCUUUCUAGUACUUCUAAUGGUGUUCUUGGUGCUGUUUUGUGGAUGGAGAACAAUACAAAGGCUCAGACAGAAAGGGGAGACGAAUAUUGAGAACAACAAUAUCCUAUUAAAACAGCGAGGGAACAGCUUAAAAGGUGAGAGGCCCGAGCUUCCACCGAGAGGCAAAGAGGCAUCCCAACAUGCUGCUCUUCCAACUAGGUCAGAUGAUCUGGGCAAGGUAUCACGGAGUCCUACUCAAGUGCCAUAUGACGUCACCAGCUCUCACUACUACGAGAAAUCGUUUGAGCCCCAUCGAGGGUCCAGCGCAAGUUCUGGAACUGUCUCAUCAGACAGAUCAACGUCGUCUCUCGGUGGAGUCAGACAAAGAGCUUCUUCACUCCCUUAUACCUCAACUUGUAGCUAUGCAGACAUUUUGCCACAACAGACUCCUAAGUCUCAUGUGCCUAGAGCUAGAAAUAUGCAGUCGACUCCUGUAACUAGCCCUGGCAUUGAAUUGCUACCCAUCAAUAAGACAAGGCCUACACAGCAAGUUCAACCUUUAAAUGUAGGCCCGGCCUCUACUUCUGGAUCAAACAUGGAACCGGCCCAGCAAGCUGAUGUAACUCCUGGAGGGACUCCCCAAAUUCCAAACACAAUUACAAGACUGCAAACUCGUUUUCGUGGUCCAAUGUCUAACUAUGUUUUAGUUCCAUUAAAUAAUGGAAAUGUGCUAGCUGUUCCAGUUUUACCAUCCUCUCAUACACCAACUAGAGGCCAGACGUUGCCUGCUUCAGAUUUAAUCACUACCAUCAUACCUGAGGAAACAUUGAGCUCCUUAUUUGGUUCCUGUGAAUACCUGACACCAACUGAUCCACUCUACCAGUUAGUUCAUCACCAAGAACUUACUGGAAAUGCAUCUAGAAUUGAUUUUAGUAACGGCACAGCCAGACAGUUAGAUCCUGGAGACUACCAGGUGCACCAGACAUUCUCAAACCAGGAGAUCAAUGAAAAUCAUGACCUAGUUGAGAACGAACUUGUCCCCAGCACUAGGCAGCAAAGGAACACUACGUUACCACUCAAUAUACCUAGCAAUGUCCAAACUAAGCGUGGAAACCACCAGCAAGUAGCAGCAGCAGUUAGACCAAGCAGUCUAAGCAUUCAUCAAAGCAAUCCUACCUAUCAGUCUUCUGGUCAGACUAAUCUCAACAAUUUGACCAAUCCGUUAUCGCCUUUGACGUACGCACCUCGGGAUGACCAGACGGUUAAUUUAGCUGAUCCUGCUAGCAGUGAGAACAGACACAUUUCACAAACACAAACUAGCAGUGUCGUUGUGGGAGCUGGGCUUCCUUCUGCCUUAGAACAAACAAGGGCCAAUAACUUGUCUAGCUCCAGGAAGUUCCAUCCACAAGAUUCAUCUGCUCCUACACCAGAAAAAGAUGUUAACACUGCCAGCUCUAACGUGGCGUUGUGUUCCCCUAUAGUCACUGUCACAAAUCUCAGAAUUCCAACAAAACCGGAAGAAAUAGAGAAUGUCACGUUCGCUUAAGUUACUGUUAUUAUUUGUUUCUUUUCUACAUAAAAAAAUCAUCGUAGAUUCAGUUUUUAGAACAGACAGAGGUUAUUGCAAUGUUACAGUUGAGAAGCAAAGAAAAUGAUGUUAGUGAAUUGUCUCAUUGGAACCACGUGACUUGUUCUCUCUGACUUGAUUAGACUUACAAUUACACCUGUAAGCAAUUGGUAAGAUGUUUCUCAACACAAAGUUGAAACGGAUAAAUUGAUACUUUGAAAAUCGUGGCACGCAAUACACUUUUAAAAAGUCUAGUAACCUUAGACUCUUUCUCAAUGAGACAUUGAGAAAGUUGCAACAUUAAAUGAAGUCGUAUGUGUAUUGCAAGCAUUGUUUACGACAUUAAAUGUGAAUCAUAAGUAUAAGAAAUGUUGUUUUAUAACAUUAGAAACACACGAGCCUUAAUAAUGUACAUUAGUUUGAUUGCCAGAAUCCUUCAAAAGAUUCCUAACUUAUAAAAUACAGACGUUACUUCAAAAAAGAAGAUGAUUACGUCCUAAGCGUCAUGCAUGUAGUCAUGCAUGUUAACCAAUGACUUAAAUUCUGCCAAGUCACUGGUUUUCCUGGCUAGCUCAGGCAACCCAUUCCAUGCUCUAAUAGCACUAGGGAAGAAGGAGCAUUUGUACAAAUUUGUUCUAGCAUAUGGAACGAGGACUGUGCCUUUAUCUUCUUGUCUUUCUGAGUAUUUUAUUUGAUUCUAUAUUUGUAUUUGAAGAUUAUGGUUCAUUAUUAGCAAUGAACAAAGUUGUUAUACAACUAGAGUUUUGUUUUGCUAAAUAUAAAGUAGUAAAAUAGUAUAAAGUAUAAAUUAUAAAAAAAAAUUUAAUAUGAAAUGUUCCACCUAAGACCUAAACGUUUUCACAACACACACACACAUACAUAUAUGUAUGUGUGUUUCGUAGAGAGAUGUAACGUAGUGUGUAGUGAGUUAUUGUGUGUAGUGUGAUGUAUAGCCUAUAUAUAUAUAUAUUUAAAAUCACAUUACAUAGCCUAUAUACUUAUAUUCAUACUAUACUAUAUAUAUGGGACUGUAAGUAUUUUUCUUGCCAUCAGUAUUUGUCUUUGUUCUGAGAUAGACCAUGUGAAAGUGAUUCAUUUUGUUUUCCAUCUGUACAGAGUGCACGUUUCUGAGCAUCGUGGAGAGGUUACCAUUUUGUUGAUUGACGAGGUUUUAUAUAGUGAGGUGUUAGAUUGAUUUACAUAGCACAAUAGAGAGUAACAUAAUAAAUGUUAUACAAUGACACAUUUCAUAGAGACAUGUUACUUCACGAGAUUUUACUUUAUUACAUGUUGUAUAGUCAGAUGUUACAUAAUUACGUCUUACAAAGCUGGAUGUUACACAAUGAGAUAAUGACAUUUUACGUAAUGAAAUGGUACCAUAGAUUGAAGUUACACUAUGACAUGUUAUGUAAUGAAAAGUUACAUAUCUGAAAGUUACAUAAUGACAUGUUACAUUAUAACAUUUCAUAGCAAGAUUUAUAUCAUGACGUGCUACAAAAUGAGAUAUUUAAAUGUUGAAAUAUAUGUUGUUGCUUUGUUGUACAGUUUUAAUCCUCGCAUGAUAUAACCCUCCCAUACACUCAACAUGCAGCCACAUUCACAUGAACAAACACAUCUACAUUUGUAUCAACACACAUAUUCCUUCAAACAUUCCCACAUCUACAUUCAUAUACACACUCAAUGGCAUCUAUUUUUCUUUGUAUUUAUUGUAAUCAAAACAUUCCAUAAAGCCGUCUUCAUGUUAUGUAUCAAACUGUUCAAUCUGUUCAAUAACAACAAUGAAACAGAUUAUGUUUACAGCCAUCAGAGAAACAACGAAACUGAACCGAGUGAGUACUCAACCUACAGUCAACUUCGUACUCAUGUUUUAUUGGGAUUCAUUUUAAAAAAAACUUCUUACCAACCCAAGGCACAAAUCAAAUUUAUAAGACAUACAAAAAACUUUUCCCAAACGUUUGAAAUUUGAACUUAACUCUUUCAAGAUGACGAUGUGCUGCUCUACUCUCCACUGCCUUUAUAGGACCUUUUUUUUGGACCACUCCGUUGCUUUUAGUGUAUUUUGGAAUUUGAAUAUAAUACUCAUAAUGUACAAUGUAUUACUGCCUAUUUUGAAUAUGUUUAACUGUGCAGUUUUGCUUAUUUAAAUUGUUCCAUUACUGGUUCCCAAACUGUUACGCAGAACCCUAUAUAUAAUUAUUUAUUUUUUUAAGUAUUUAUACUUGAAAAAUAAUUUAAUUUAUAAUAUAGUUUGAUUAUAUUUUAUUUUAAAAAAUUGAAAAAAAAUCAAACCUUAUAAAUAAUUUUUGUUAAUUUCGUAAAUUCUUCGACUGUGCGAAGUUUCCGUUGGGAAAAAAGUUUGGGAUUUGCUAAAAGUUGUCUUAAUUCAGAAUAAAUAUCUUGGCUGAUUACUUAAAAUUACUUUGCUUUAUCAUAAAAGGCUAAAUUAAUUUGUUUAAAAGAAUUUAUACUCAAAUAAAAUAUAUUUAAAUUAUA